AUGUCUCCCCUGUACACCAAGUCUUGGGCUCCGGCCAACAAGACAAUCAUCGACAUCGGCGGAUCUACCCUCGCCACUACUUUCGAUUCGCAGCUGCCCAGCGCCUUCAAGGGAGAGGGCUACUUCCCAAAGGAGGUUGUAUACACUACCGGCAUGCACCAUUGGUGCGAGAUUGCCGACAACUCUUAUCAGACUACGGAUGAACUCAACAUCAUCAAGGCUACUGCUUCGGAUGUCGUUAGCGAUAUGCCAGCUACCGGGGCUGUCAUCAUCGACCUUGGAGCUGCUAACUCCCGAAAGUUCGUUCCUUAUGUCGAGGCUUUCAUUCAGCAGGGAAAGCCUUGCAUCUACAUCGCCCUCGACCUCUGCAAGGAGUCUCUGACCCAGCAUGUCAACAAGUCGGCUGCUGACUUCCCUCAAAUCACCUGCAUUGGCUUGUGGGGUAACUUUAUCCAGGGUGACAAGUACUUCGCUACUCUUCCCAACCCUCGUAUCUUCUUGUCUCUCGGUUCUAUCUUCUUCAACGCACCGGACCAGAUGUGUGUUGACCGAUGCAAUGAGUUCUCCAAGCAUCUCUCUGGAUCUCCCUACUCGAAGUUGAUCGUCGGGCAAGAUGGACCCUCCGGUACCGAGGCCUCGUCCACCCAUGCUGCCUACCAGACCAAGGCUUACGAUGCGUUUUUCAUCUCAUACCUCCAGGGUAUUCAGACCCACGCUGAUAUCUUCUCCAACCCUCGCAUCGCCUGGACCUAUGAGUCGAAGCUUGACAAGUCCAUGCACUACUUCGAAGUAGUCGCCCAGCACGACAUGGUUUGCCACCGCUACAACGACUUCUUCAUCAAGAAGGGAACUGUCUACACUAUGUUUCCCUCUUGGAAGCGUGGAGAGGAUGAGAUCCAUGCGAUCGCUAAGGCUCAGGGCCUGGGUAUCAAGACCCUUGGCAAGGCUCCCAACUCUGGGAUGCAUCAGUAUUUGAUCCAGCCUCGCAUGUAA